AUGUCGUACCACAAUCAAGACCCCUCCGCCGCCGCUUCCUCCUCGCAGCCUUUCCGGUGGCACUACGCCGAGUUCGACGACAGCAACUUCCAAAUCCGUGGCCGCACGCUCUUCUUCGUUGUCGCCCUCUUCUCCGUCAUCCUCCUCGUCGCCCUCCUCUUCCUCUACGCCCGCUGGGUCUGCCGCUUCCCGCCGCUACCGCCGCCGCCGGCGACGCCAGCCCACUCCUCUCUUACAUCCCACGCGCCGUCGAAGGGCCUCGACGCCGCCAGCAUCAGCAGCCUCCCGAUAGUUCUGUACCGCGGCGGCUCGGACUCCGGCUCCGGCGCCGGCUCCGUCGAGUGCUGCAUAUGCCUCGGGGUGUUCGGGGACGGCGAGAAGGUGAAGGUGCUGCCGGGAUGCGGCCAUUGCUUCCACUCCGAGUGCGUGGACCGGUGGCUCACGGCUCAGUCGAGUUGCCCGCUUUGCCGUGAUUCGCUCCGUGUCGACUCGCCUGUUUGA